AUGGGAAGCCUUGGGGUAAACUACCACGAAAAGGCUCUUUCCGAGCUACUAAACCCCGAUUUGUUCAUCGGUGAUGCCUUUAUUGGAGUGGCGACAAUCUUGUCUCUAGAGAAUGGUAAGACCUACACAGAGGCAGAGGGAGAGGUUGUAUAUGCUGCCAGUUUCGUUUCCUGGUUUGCAGAAGAAUCUACAAGAAGUUACGGCGUUACCAUUCCUUCAUCCACUCCCAACUCUACUGUGUUCACAGUGAAAGAACCGGUUGGGGUGUGCGGGAUCAUAACACCAUGGAAUUUCCCUGCAGCUAUGAUUACAAGGAAAGUAGCGCCUGCUCUUGGUAGUGGCUGUGCUGUUGUGAUAAAGCCUCCUAGUGAAACGCCAUUCACGUGCCUUGCUUUGACCAAGCUUGCUGUUGAGGCUGGGAUUCCUGCAAGCGUCAUUCAAGUUUGUCCUACAAAGGAUCGACAAGCAGCUCUUGAACUAGCUACUAGCGCCAAAAUCCAAAAGAUCAGCUUCACUGGAUCCACUGGGGUGGGAAAGAUGUUGGCCAAGCUGGCUGCAGGGACUCUAAAAAGAGUUAGCCUCGAACUGGGUGGUAAUGCACCCUUCAUUGUAUUCGAAGACGCGGAUCUAGAUCUGGCCGUGGAAAGCGCAAUGUUCUGCAAGUUUCGAUGUUCUGGACAAACAUGCGUCUGCGCAAACCGCCUAUUCGUGCACAAAAGAGUCGCUGACAUCUUCACCAAGAAACUGGUAAAGAAAGUUUCGAAUUUGAAGAUUGGUCCGGGGCUUGAAAAUGCUACUACCCAAGGACCACUAGUCAACAAGGCCGCCGUGGAAAAAGUGGCCGAACAUGUGGGUAACGCCGUCAGUAAUGGCGCUAAAGUUGAGAUAGGAGGUAGCUCUGGAGCGGGCGAAGGCUUUUUCUAUGAGCCAACAAUUUUGUCUGGUGUCACUACUUCCAUGUUGGUAGCACAAGAGGAAACAUUUGGACCACUUGCCCCAAUAUUCAGCUUUGAAACCGAGCAAGAAGCUAUUGAAAUGGCUAACCAAACUCCCUUCGGCUUAGCAGGAUAUUUCUUCUCCAAAGAUGUUGGCAGGGCAUUGAGAGUAGCUCAAAAGCUUCAAGUCGGUAUGGUUGGUGUGAACACUGGUAAAAUAUCAGCAGCAGAAGCUCCUUUCGGGGGUAUAAAGGAGAGUGGCUAUGGUCGUGAAGGCAGCCUCUAUGGCAUGGAAGAGUACCAAGUCAUCAAAAGCGUGACUAUAGGGAAUAUGGAUAAAUAG